AGAGUAAGUACAUGUCCAUUAUCUCUAUCAAAUUAUACUUGUAGAGUAAGUACAUGUCCAUUAUCUCUAUCAAAUUAUACUUGUAGAGUAAGUACAUGUCCAUUAUCUCUAUCAAAUUAUACUUGUAGAGUAAGUACAUGUCCAUUAUCUCUAUCAAAUUAUACUUGUAGAGUAAGUACAUGUCCAUUAUCUCUAUCAAAUUAUACUUGUAGGGUAAGUAUGGGGUCUAUAUCUUUAUGA